GCUAUUUUAUUGGUUGCGCAUUUAUGCACUAUAUGGUUGUUUCCUUAUACAUACAGUAGCACCUUUUGCUACUGAUAAUUUCUCUAGAUCUUCGCGAAAACUGCCACUUCGCAUAUCACGUAUUAGAGCCUUCUUUGAACGAGAUCGUUUACCCCGUGAUUCCAGCGAUCCUCUCUUCGCCAAACAUUAGCACGGAUAUGUGCAAUGAACCCGGAUACGUCGGGUGGAGCCGAAGGACACGGCAGCCAGCAGCGUGCGCAGUUUCAUUAUGCACCCGGCUGAGUGUCGAUUGCACCCGGAUGCGACUUCCAAGUGUAGCUUUUGCAACCAGUGGAUAACGAGCGAUGUAUGGUUCAUCUCAUUGUUCUGGUUUUUAUUCAUUGUCUUCUUCUUCUGUUUAAAGAAGCUGACAUACUCGUAUUUUGGCAUCCUAAAAUGCCUCGCAGUGCCGGCAAAAACUAUGCAGGUGCAUGCGUAUGUGCUACAUCCACUUGUGAGUUGCUCUGCCCUCCACUUUCUUUUGGCUGGCCUCUGGAGACUUGAAGUGUUGUCUCGAUAAGCAUAAGCGCUGCACACUUGCAAUUACUCUGUCAGGCGGAUCAUUUACAUCGAUUUGUUAUCUCGGCAUUCGUGAACAACGAAAGGUUAAAGAGCGCGAGACGUCGGCGCUGGGGUUUUGCCGGAUUUGUGAUCGAGCUGUUCCAGAUUAUGAAAGUUAGAGGUUCCCAGCGGCGCUCCAGACGCCUCGCGCAAAACGCUAUCGUAUACCAUAGUGCUGCGGAAACAGCCCGCGACGAUCGUCAAUCCCCGGAAUUUCCCGAACCUAAAACUAUGCCCACCGAUUCCCGGCCAGACGAACGCCAGCAAUGGCAACACGUACCACGCAAAACCACCGACCAACAGCGAAAGAUGAUCUACACGAUGUUCCAGCAGGGUAUCAGUGGGCAGACGAUCGCAUCGCGCGCUGGGGUCACGGACCACCUAGUCUACAGGGAGCUGGUGCUGAUCGGUGAAACACUGUCGCAGCGAGGAGGCAGGAAAAGGGAUUCGAGGGUCACCCUUGCAAAGCAGCAGUUGAUAAUCCAACUGUUUAACGAGAAUGUAAACAUUCUGAAGAUUGCUCGCCGCGUCGAUCAUUGCGCUCGCACAGUGUCCAAUGAAUUGUAUUUGGCUGGUAAAGACGUCCGCCAGCGCCAUCUUCAGCAGCUGCGGAUCGCUUGGAAGAGGAGAGCGGCCAGGGAUCACGUGUCUCGUCUGCACGGGAAAACCACUCAGAGAACUCGGCCACCAUUGCGCGGGAAACCAUCCCCAAACGAAGAUACUGCUGCUGUCGAAACGUUUCCAGUUAAUUCGGAUGUUAGAACCGAUUACCACUCCGAAUCUGUCAUCAAAACGGAGGACACUAGCGACGACAAUGGUUCGACUGGACAACCCACGCACCAAUACGAAGCAAAAAACAACUCAACAGAAGACCUCAAACCGACUUUCAAGGAAAUCAUCAUCAGUUGUCAUGGUUCGGCAGAUCAGCACCGGUACCGCUGUAACGCAUGCCAUUUCCUGUCGGACGUCGAGCAGCACCUGGUCUCCCAUUUUUUCAGCCAAGACCAUCAACGUCAGGCGCGUAAUGCUCAUCUGGUGUGCGCCGAUUGCCGGUUUAGGAGCAGCCAGACGGUCAAGAUGGUGCGUCACUGCCUGAAGCAUUCUGCUUCCGCCCCACACCACUAAGUUUUCGUUUCGCGAGGCUACGCAGUGGGGAGCAGUGUCUCUGAAACAUUUCUAAUAGUGUAACACUAAAAGCGUUGCUGACUGACUGUUGGCUGUCUAAUUAGCACUUGCCCAAAAAUUCUUGCUACUAACAGUCAGCAGCAGAAUUUUAGGACAACUGCCAAUUAAACUAACAGCUAACUAGGGCUCUUUCUGUUUGUAAAGCAGGCGUCGGCCAUUUCAACUGACUGCAGGCAAUGCAGCUGAUAGUUUUAUGUUUGACUUAUACGUGUUUUAGCACC